GGCGAGAUGUGUGAUAGUGAGGCGUGGUGCGCGUUUCCGGAAUUGCAUUGGGCAGAGUUUGUGUCCAGUGGUUUAGUCGCUGAGACUGUCAUCUGCGAGUGGGGGCCGAGCGGUGCCGAUGCCCGCAGGUUUGUUUUGACCUAGAAAUGGUGAGCAGUCAGCCUGUCCCAAUCGAUGAUGGAGGCAAAAGGAGAAAGAAGAAGCGGAGGACUAGAGCAAUGGAGAGCUUUACCGGGAAGUUUGCAGAUCUGUACAGACUGACUGACGAGCUACUUGGAGAGGGAGCUUAUGCUAAAGUUCAAGGCUGUGUCAGUUUACAGAAUGGAAAAGAUUACGCUGUCAAGAUCGUCGAAAAGAAGGCUGGGCACAGUCGCAGUAGAGUAUUUAGAGAAGUGGAAACGCUAUACCAGUGCCAAGGCAACAAGAACAUCUUGGAGUUAAUAGAAUUCUGUGAAGAUGAUGCUCGUUUUUAUCUGGUCUUUGAAAAGCUGCGAGGAGGAUCAAUACUUUCCCAUAUUCAAAAAAGAAAACACUUCAAUGAAAGGGAGGCCAGUAAAGUGGUUAAGGAUAUAGCCUCUGCCCUUGAUUUCCUUCAUACGAAAGGUAUUGCUCAUCGUGACUUAAAACCAGAAAACAUAUUGUGUGAAUUCAAAGAUAAGGUGUCACCUGUGAAAAUCUGUGACUUUGAUCUUGGAAGCGGUGUAAAACUAAACAGUGCAUGCACCCCUAUAACCACGCCUGAGUUAACAACACCUUGUGGGUCAGCAGAGUACAUGGCUCCAGAAGUGGUGGAAGUUUUCACGGAGGAAGCUACUUUUUAUGACAAGCGCUGUGAUUUGUGGAGUCUGGGCGUAAUUUUAUACAUUAUGCUUAGCGGGUAUCCUCCUUUUGUGGGCAACUGUGGGGCAGACUGUGGUUGGGAUCGAGGAGAAAUGUGCAGAGUUUGCCAGAACAAGCUAUUUGAAAGUAUCCAAGAAGGCAAGUAUGAAUUUCCAGAAAAGGACUGGUCCCAUAUUUCCAACUCUGCUAAAGAUUUGAUCUCCAAGCUUCUUGUUCGGGAUGCCAAAGAGCGACUGAGCGCUGCUCAGGUUUUGCAGCACCCAUGGUUGCAAGGGGAUGCUCCAGAGCGAGGACUGCCCACCCCACUGGUGCUUCAGAGAAACAGCAGUACAAAGGACCUGACUAUCUUUGCAGCAGAAGCAGUUGCCUUAAACCGUCAGCUCUCACAGCAUGACAGUGAUCUGAAUGAGGAGCACGAAAGCUUCAUCCACACAGUCUGCUCUAUGAGACUCUCACCGCCAUCAAAAUCUCGACUUGCAAAGCGUCGGGCCCAGGCCCAUGCACGCAAGGGUGGCUCCCAUCUUACCCAUACUACUGUGACAAGCCAAGGGGCAACCUAAGAUUCUCUUGACACCUUUCCCUAUUUGCAGUAGCAAUGUGGGUUGUAUAGGAACUAUUUGUCCUGUCACUUUAAAAAUCAAUUUUGAUUUUAAAGAGCACUUUAAACUGGUGCUUUUUAUUUGUUUUGCUCAAAUAGUGCUUCCCUUUAAAUCUCAGGUGCUAAUUUAGCAGCAACAAAUUGGAAAUCCUCUCUGAAAGUAAAAGAGGUUAAUCCAAAAUCUGGUUAAAUAACUGUGACACUUAACUCUGUUUGUUUGUGUGUGUUUCUCUGUUAUAUGUAAAAAGAUGUAGUUUUACAAUUUCAUUUUAUUGUUAAGUUUAACAUAGAGCUCUGCCUAACACCACGGGCAUAGCUAGAGCAUUCCCAGGACAUAACUGAUCCAAAACGAAAAGUAAGAACAAAACCAGAAAAUGGUAAUAAUAAUCACUGGUUAUUUAUUAAUAUAAAAACAAAGUCUAUUUAACAUAACUGCCUCAUUCUUUAAUUUUAAAAAUUGUCUUUUUUUUACAUGUCUUACAAAAUGUGUAUUUUUACAUGUAUUUUUUUUAUUUAAAUUAUGUGUAUACAUUGUCAAUACCAUAGGGUCAUUUAUUUUUGUCUCAUAUCAAAAUGUUGGGAAAAAAUAUAUAAGUACUCAUAUUUUUAACAUUUUGGUAACCAUAUUAUUUUCAUAUGGGGAAUGCACAAUCGAAUGUUUUGUAUAGAGCUAUAACUGUAAAUGAAUAUGUAGCUGUCACAUUAACUGUAGCAAUGUGACAAGCUGUUAAAUAUUCUUAUUGACAACGUUGUGUCUACUCCUGAAGAGCCUGGAAAUGGAGUUGGUUCGUCAAUGUUAUUUAAUACAAAUGCAAAGAAAUAAAUUUACUUACUUUUUAAGUUUUACAAACA